CUGGUGAAGCGGUGCGCCAGGUUAUCCAGCCCCUUGGCGCGUCCUUCUCCUCAAUCGAGUGGCGGUUCACGAGCCUCUACCCGAAGCGUGUGUAUAUGAAGCUCGCCGUUCUCGUCGUCGUCGCCGUGCAUCCUCCCGCACACCGUUUGCCGCAGCGGGCGGCAAUCGCGAUGGGGCUGAAGGGGCCGCCGCCGAUUCCAUCGAAGCACUUUGUGUCACUGACGUCGCCAGGCAACCUCACCGAGGCGCUCGCGGGCGCGGCCAGCGAUGUGGUGACCGUCGUCAAGUACCAGGCGCCUUGGUGCCGCACAUGCCGCGCGAUGGCGCCGCUCCUCGACCGGCAGGCGAAGAAGCACCAGGAGCUUCGCUACUUUUCGCUUGAGUGCCGCCGCGACGGCAAGGCGGCGGGCGAGCGGAUGCACAAGUUCUUCGUCGAGCGCGGCGCGAAGGGUCUCCCAUUCGUGGAGGUCUACCGCGGCGACACGCUCCUCGAGGCGACCACGGUGGCGCCCACCGGCGUCGAGGCCUUCUCGCACGCCAUCGGCAGGGCGAUCGAGGCGGCGCAGCGGGCGCGGGCGCAGCUGGAGCUGGCCAGCGGCGGCGCCGCCAACAGGCUCCGCGCAGAGGCGGACCGCGUCCGCGCGCUGCUCGGCGUCGGCCCGGCCGACUCGGUGGAAUCCGUGCCGCUGCCGCCCACCGCAGCGCCGCGCCUCGACCGGCAGGGGCGGCGACGAGGCGGGCUCGGGCGGCAGGCGGUCGCGGCUCGCCACAAGGCGGCCGCGCCCGUGCUGCGGCAGCAGCGGCGGGGCGCUCCGCUGCGGGGCGCGACCGGGCCACGUGGGAAGAGAGGGUACUCGUAG